GAGAGAGAGAGAGAGAGAGAGCCUACGCUAAUUCUAUACAGCGAUAACUAGCUGAGUGCGAGAAAUGCGAUUGAACGGAGAACUGGACAGUGUCGCAUUCUCCGGUGAAGAGGUGCGAAUUCCUGGACGGUAUCGGUUCUCGUGUGUAAUGUGUAACAUCGAGCGUAUAACGAUCGGAACACGGUUUGUGCCCCCUUCCACACCUGCACGCAGCCACUAUUCCUUCUCGCGUGCACAUACACACGCGUGUUGGUGCUCCAACGCACACCGGCAAGCCAAUUGGAGAGUCAAGUCUUGGCCAAGUCUUUAUAAGUAGGAGCCAUCCGCGUCCUCAGGACUUACUCCCUCUCGGGAACGUGCCACGAUCAGCAACCGAUUUUCAGAAUAGUUAGUAAAAAGUUUGUAAAGCCAGCCAGGCUCACGCUCCACGAAUUUCCGAAGACGAGGAUUCAAAGGAAACAGAAGGAUUUGUGAGAUGACGAACGUGGACGACUAACAAAUGAAGGAAUUCUUUGCUGAAUGCAUCGAAAUAUAAAGUUAUAUACACAAAAGAUGCGGAAAGUUCAAUCGAUUUUGAGCAUUUUUACGAUAUCGCUUAUAAUAAGAUUUACAAAAGCUGAUUAUUACGAGUAUAAUCAAGACCAAUACCGACAAAGCAAUGCUUUUAAAUGUAUAGAAGAGGGUUAUCAUCCUGAUCCGCAUGACUGCAGAGUUUACUAUAGAUGUGUAGAUUGGGGCAAUGGCAGCCCGCUAACGACCUUCAAAUUCGAAUGCGGAGUCGGCACAGUGUUCUCAAAGGAUAAGGGAGACAUAUGUACGCAUCCAGAAGAUAGUGGUCGACCUGAAUGUGGCAACUCCGAGAAUGAACUCGAUUCAAAUGUACAAGAUCCUCCUUCUCCUACAUGGACAACAACAAUUCGAACAACUAUGUGGUCACAAUCAACUAUGAUACAGUCCCCAAUAACUAAACCAUCUACAAUCACGACUGAAGCUGCGACAACAAUAAAAAAACCGGAAACAACAAUACUACCACCAUUAACAAAUCGACCACCUAUAAACGAACCAGAAGAUAACGUUGUUAAUUGUCAAAAUAGAUACCAAAAAUGUACACAAGAAGGAUUUUUAGCCGAUACUUGUAAUUGCAGAAAAUUUUACAGAUGUGUAAACGAAGGUUAUGGAAGGUUUACAAAAUAUGAAUAUAAGUGUGGCGAGGGAACUGUUUGGGAUCCAGAAAUUCAAGUGUGUAAUCACGCUUGGGCUGUUACGAGGAAAGACUGUAGGCAAAACUUGGAAAGUGGGGAUAAUAAUGGACAAUGGAAUGGUGACACUGGAGACAACAGUGGACAAUGGAAUGGUGACACUGGUAGUCCAGGACAACCAGGACAACCUGGAGAUCCAAAUGGUCAACCAGGACAACCUGGAGAUCCAAAUGGCCAACCAGGACAACCUGGAGAUCCAAAUGGCCAACCAGGACAACCUGGAGAUCCAAAUGGCCAACCAGGACAACCUGGAGAUCCAAAUGGCCAACCAGGACAACCUGGAGAUCCAAAUGGCCAACCAGGACAACCUGGAGAUCCAAAUGGCCAACCAGGACAACCUGGAGAUCCAAAUGGCCAACCAGGACAACCUGGAGAUCCAAAUGGCCAACCAGGACAACCUGGAGAUCCAAAUGGUCAACCAGGUUCACCGGGUAGUCCAGGCUCUCCGGGAUACCCAGGGACACCGGGUUCUCCAGGCUCUCCGGGUUCUUCGGGUAGUCCAGGUUCUCCGGGAUACCCAGGAACACCGGAUUCCCCAGGCUCUCCGGGAUAUCCGGGAACAUCACCGGGUUCUCCAGGCACUCCAGGUUCUCCGGGUAGUGCAGGCACUCCAGGAUAUCCAGGAACACCGGGUUCUCCAGGUUCUCCGGGAUAUCCGGGGACAUCGGGUUCUCCAGGCACUCCGGGACAUCCGGGGACACCGGGUUCUCCAGGAUCUCCAGGAUCUCCAG